AUGAGGCAAGAAAUUAAGCAAAUGGAAAAUAAAUAUGGAUUUCCACAAGCGUUUGGUUGUGUGGAUGGUACACAUAUCCCCAUUACACAGCCCUCAGAAAAUCCUCACGACUAUUUCAGCUACAAAAUGAAAUACACAUUAAAUGUACAAGCUGUAUGCAACUGGAGAGGCUUAUUCCUCAAUGCCGAUUCUCGCUGGCCAGGCAGCGUCCAUGAUAGGCGUGUAUUUGAAAACUCAAAAAUAACUACCCUCCUUAAAGAACAGAGACUGCUAAUGGUUUACCAAGAAAAUUUUAUUGGUUAUGACAAGAUCCCUACCAUAUUUCUAGGUGACCCAGCGUACCCUUUACUACCAUUCUGCAUGAAGGAGUACCCCAGUCCACAAUCGAACGAGGAG